AUGGCCAUGCUCCGUUGGAUAUAUACAGAUGAGCUGGACUUACGGGAAGACGAUAUCUUCUUAACAGAGUUGAUGAAGCUUGCAAAUCGGUUUCACUUGCAGCUCCUUCGAGAGAGGUGUGAAAAGGGUGUGAUGUCAUUGGUGAAUGUUAGGAAUUGUAUCCGUUUCUACCAGACAGCAGAAGAACUGAAUGCAACCACUCUUUUAAACUAUUGCGCUGAGAUCAUUGCAAGUCACUGGGAUGACCUAAGAAAAGAAGAUUUCAGCUCAAUGAGUGCUCAGCUGUUGUACAAAAUGAUUAAGUCAAAGACGCAAUUCCCUUUACACAAAGCAAUUAAGCUAGAAAGAGAAGACGUGGUUUUUUUGUAUCUGAUAGAGAUGGAUUCCGAGUUGCCUAGAAAGCUCAAUGAGCUGGACCAAAAUGGAGAUCUCGCUCUGGAUCUUGCACUUUCCCGAAAGCUUGAGAGCAUCGCCACUACUCUGGUUAAUAACAGAGCAGAUGUUGACAUGGUAGAUAAAAAAGGAUGGAGCCUUUUGCACAAAGCCAUCCAAAGGGAUGAUAAAUUUGCUGCCACUUUCCUCAUCAAGAAUGGUGCUCUUGUAAAUGCUGCUACUAUUGGUGAACAAGAGACUCCCCUACACCUGGUAGCUGCUUGCACAGUGAAGGAUCACAGCCUGGAAGUGAUGUCUGAUGUAGCACAAAUAGCUGAGGCACUUUUACAUGCAGGAGCUAAUCCAAACAUGCAAGACGGUAAAGGAAGGACUCCGCUUCACACUGCUAUUCUUUCUAGAAAUGAGUAUGUUUUUAACCAGCUGCUUCAGUGCAAACAAUUAGAUUUAGAACUAAAGGAUCAUGAGGGAAGCACAGCGCUGUGGCUGGCAGUUCAGUAUAUCACUGUGUCUUCGGACCAGUCUGUGAACCCAUUUGACGAUGUUCCCGUUGUGAAUGGAACUUCAUUUGAUGAGAAUAGCUUUGCGGCAAGGCUUAUCAAACGAGGCAGCAACACAGAUGCACCUGACACUGUAACAGGCAACUGCUUGCUACAGAGAGCUGCUGGAGCAGGGAAUGAGGCUGCUGCUCUGUUCCUGGCAACCCACGGCGCAAAGGUCAACCAUAAAAACAAGUGGGGUGAAACACCGCUACACACAGCCUGCCGGCAUGGGCUUCCCAAUCUCACAGCAGAGCUAUUACAGCAGGGAGCUAAUCCAAAUAUUCAGACACAAGAGGCCCUCCCAUCUUCUAAGGGUUCUCCAGCAACCAGCCCAUUAUCCAGCACCUACUUACAAACACCAUUGCACAUGGCAAUAGCCUACAACCAUCCUGAUGUUGUAACGGUCAUAUUAGAACAAAAAGCCAAUGCUCUACAUGCAACAAAUAACCUUCAAAUCAUUCCCGACUUCAGUCUGAAGGAUUCUAGAGAACAAACUGUACUGGCGCUAGCUUUAUGGACAGGUAUGCACACCAUUGCUGCACAACUUCUGGGGUCAGGAGCAUCCAUUAAUGACACCAUGUCUGAUGGACAGACUCUGCUACAUAUGGCAAUACGAAGGCAGGAUAGUAAGAGUGCCCUCUUCCUUCUGGAGCAUCAAGCUGAUAUAAACAUUAGGACCCAGGAUGGAGAAACUGCUCUUCAGCUUGCCAUUAAAAACCAGCUUCCCUUAGUGGUGGAUGCUAUAUGCACAAGAGGCGCAGAUAUGUCUGUUACUGAUGAACAGGGAAACCCUCCACUUUGGCUAGCCUUAGACAAUGACUUAGAAGAUAUUGCAUCAACACUGGUAAGACAUGGAUGUGAUGCAACUUUUUGGGGGCCUGGUCCAAGUGGAUGCUUACAGACCCUUCUUCACAGAGCCAUUGAUGAAAACAAAGAAAAGGUGGCCUGUUUUCUUAUCCGCAGUGCUUGUGAUGUAAAUAGCUCCAGAAAACCAGGACCAAAUGGUGAAGGGGAAGAAGAGGCCAGAGAUGGACAAACGCCUUUACAUUUAGCUGCAUGUUGGGGUUUGGAGGAAGUAGUUCAGUGCCUUCUGGAAUUUGGUGCCAAUGUAAAUACCCAGGAUGCAGAGGGGAGAACUCCAAUCCACAUUGCCAUUAGCAAUCAGCACAGUGUAAUUAUCCAGCUAAUGAUUUCACACCCUGAUAUCAGACUGAAUGUGCGAGACAGGCAGGGUAUGACUCCUUUUGCUUGUGCUAUGACAUUCAAAAACAAUAAAGCUGCAGAGGCAAUCUUGAAACGGGAGCCAGGAGCAGCUGAACAGGUGGAUAACAAAGGAAGGAACUUCAUGCAUGUGGCAGUGCAGAACUCGGACAUUGAGAGUGUACUGUUUCUGAUCAGUGUACAUGCCAAUGUCAAUUCAAGAGUGCAGGAUGCCUCCAAGCUAACCCCCCUCCAACUAGCUGUGCAGGCUGGAUCAGAAAUUAUUGUCCGCAACCUGCUCCUAGCAGGUGCCAAGGUGAAUGAAUUGACAAAGCAUCGUCAGACCGCACUUCACCUCGCAGCACAGCAGGAUCUGCCCACCAUCUGUUCUGUACUCUUGGAGAAUGGCGUUGAUUUUGGAGCCACUGAUGAAAAUGGCAAUAAUGCGCUUCAUCUUGCAGUAAUGCAUGGUCGGUUGAACAACAUCCGUUGUCUUUUAACGGAGUGUAAUAUUGAUGCAGAAGCACUUAAUGUAAGGGGCCAAUCUCCAAUGCAUAUUUUGGGGCAGUAUGGGAAGGAAAAUGCAGCAGCCAUAUUUGAACUCUUCCUAGAAUGUAUGCCAGAAUACCCACUGGACAAGCCAGACUCAGAGGGAAACACAGUGCUACUCUUGGCCUAUAUGAAGGGAAAUGCAAAUCUCUGUCGAGCCAUUGUGAAAGCUGGUGCUAGGCUUGGAGUGAACAACAACCAAGGCAUCAACAUAUUCAACUAUCAAGUUGCCACUAAACAGCUUCUCUUUAGACUUUUAGAUAUGUUAUCUCAGGAGCCCCCAUGGUGUGAUGGCUCUAAUUGCUAUGAGUGUGCAGCCAAGUUUGGAGUCACCACAAGAAAGCAUCAUUGUCGACAUUGUGGACGGCUUCUAUGUCACAAGUGCUCAACUAAAGAAAUUCCUAUUAUCAAGUUUGACUUAAAUAAACCAGUUCGGGUUUGCAACAUAUGCUUCGAUGUGUUGACUCUAGGCGGAGUUUCUUAG